AUGAAGACUCGGGCGUUAAUUCCAUUCACCUGGGGUCUUUUGGCACAUCAAUUUUCUCAGCGUUCAGAACAGGAUUCAUAUGAAGUUCAGGAAACCUGUGGUGCUCCUGGGGUUUCUGUGUGCGUUUCUGUUCGUGGAACUACGAUUUACUCUAAGGGCUUCGGAUUUGCAGAUGUUGAACAGGGCGUAAAGGUUACCCCUCAAACCAAGUUUCGAAUAGCCAGCAUUAGCAAGUCUUUCACCUCACUCCUUGUUGGUCGUAUGAUUGACCAAAAUCGCAUUGAUCUGGAUAAAGAUGUUAGCUCGUAUCUUGAUGACUUCUGCCCCAAAACAAAGGACGGGAAAAGAGUCUCAGUUACUAUGCGCCAAUUAUUGAACCAUACAAGCGGUAUCCGUCAUUAUAAUAAGCCUGAAGAAUUUCUUAAACAGGAUAAGCACUAUGAAUCGGCUCGUGAUUCUUUGGAGAUUUUCAAAAAUGAUCCUCUUGUUCAUUCACCCGGUGAAUAUUAUCUUUACAGUACCUAUGGUUUUACUGUUGUAUCUGCUGUAAUUGAAGCGAUUAUCGCCAAAACUCAACCUGUGGUGCCUCUUUUUGCUCGCUCAGUCCGCCUUAAACCACCGUCCGAUGACAAAGAAAAAAAGAAUCUUCCUGAUGAAGCGAAAAUCGAUUCGCUUUUACUUCAACUUUUUGCCUUCUUAGGUCUGCGAAAUACCUGUCUUGAUGAACCGUCCAAGAUAUUUCCAUUCCGAGCCAGACCAUACUGUCGGGAUAAGAAGAACUUCUGUAAACUUGCGAAUUCUGUUUGGGUGGAUAACUCGAGCAAAUGGGCGGGGGGCGGCAUUCUAUCAACUGGACCUGAUCUUAUUAGAAUGGCCAAUCACCUUGCAGACAUAUAUAUGGGCCAGCAACCCCUCGAAAAUGCUCUUGUUGUCUCACGUGAUACUCUAGUGAACUAUCUUUGGCGUCCAAACACUGGUACAGCUCAGAGCCAGUGGAUUCCUGGAGGACUCUACGGUCUGGGCUGGUUCGUUGCAAGGCGUUCAACGAUUCCGGUUGAUCUUGAUUUCAAGCAGAUACCAUUCGAUCGUCUCUAUGUUGGUCACUCAGGGGCAGCCGUUGGUUUCACUUCUAUUCUCCUUAUGAGUCUUCCUAUUGUUACGGAAACUGGGUCUCCCAUUGUGUGCCAACAAUUGCCGCCAAUCUGUGUAGCCGUUCUGGUUAAUCUCGAAUCAGCAAGUGGAAUCGGGUACCAUUUCCACAUAUAUGGCUCCAAGGAGACUGAAGAUGGCAUUAACUGCAGUUUUAGUGUGCUCUUCUAUUCCACAACAUUACGAAACAGGAAUACUGGUUAUCGUGCUAUCGCGAUAAGACAUAUAACCUACUGUAUUUAUCUUCAUUUUAUGAUGCAGCGUCUUCUCUCUAGUCUGUUCUCAAGGUCCUCAGCCCCCAUUCGGUUACUUUCAGCUGUUAAAUCUCGAGAUUUUUCCGUUAAAGUUACUCAAAAAGCACCAAACUUCGCUGGUACAGCUGUUGUUAAUGGUCAAUUCAAAGAAAUUUCACUUCAUGAUUUCAUUGGGAAAUAUCUCGUUUUGUUCUUCUACCCCUUGGACUUCACUUUCGUCUGCCCAACUGAAUUAAUCGCAUUUUCUGAUCGUAUCGAGGAGUUUAAUAAAAUCAAUUGCAAUGUUGUUGGUGUGUCAACAGACUCGCACUUCAGUCACUUGUCAUGGAUCAAUAUGUCCCGCAAGGCUGGUGGUCUUGGUGGCCUAAACUAUCCCCUCUUGGCUGAUUACAAGAAGGAGAUUUCUCGUGACUAUGACGUUUUGUUGGAAGAUAAAGGUCUUGCUCUUCGAGGUCUCUUCGUUAUCGAUCCAAAUGGUGUUAUUCGCAACAUGACAGUCAAUGACUUGCCUGUUGGUCGAUCUGUGGACGAAACCCUGCGUUUGGUUAAAGCAUUCCAGUUUGUUGAUCAACAUGGUGAAGUUUGCCCUGCCAACUGGACACCAGAAAAGCCUGCUAUGAAAGCAAGUGUUGAAGGAGCGAAAGAGUAUUUUGAGAAAGUCAAUUAA